AAUAAAUGGACAUGCCAGAGGAAAUGAAAUAAUUCAAAAGUAAUUAAAAUUUAAAUAAAUUAGUUACUUUAGUUGGAAAUACUUAAGUUGGGAAAACUCAUUUAUGUUCCAGGUAUCAAAAAUUUAAAUAAGUUAAGAUUAGUUUUGGGAAAAUUACCAAAGGUGAUCAUCCCAACUAUAGGUGUUGAAUUCGCUUAAAAAAAAUAUCAAUUAUCCAAUAAUUAGUAAAUUAAUCUAUAAAUAUGGGAUACAUCUGGAUAGGAAAGAUAUAAAUAAAUAAGUCUGCCGUAUUUAUUUAAAAUAUAAGUCAUUUAAAAAAAGCCAAAGGGAUCUAUUUAGUUUAUGAUAUAACAAAAAAGGCCACAUUUGAUUAAUUGGAAGAAUGGUUGGACAAUAUAAGAUAAAUAGCAGAUCCUGAUGUUACGAUCAUGAUUAUUGGUAAUAAGCUUGAUAAAGUUAUUAAUAAUGAUGAAUUAAGGGAAGUAUAAUUAGAAUAAGUCAAAAGAUUUGCUGAUUUACAUAAAUUAACAUUUAUGGAAAUCAGUGUUUAUUCUGAUGAGGAUGUAGAAAAAUGCUUGACAAAAAUGGUUGAAGGUUAUUGUUAAUUAAUAUUUAGAAAUUUGCAAUUCUAGUUAAGUUUAUUCAAAAUGA